AUCGGGACUACAACGGGGGAAGAACAAUAUUUGGAUUUGGCUCAAUUAGAAUUUGAUUCUCCUAUGCCUUGGGAUCAAUUGAAUAGGUUGAUACCCAGUUGGAAUGGACAGUCGUUAUUGGUCGAAAUGCAGCAGAUGGGAACGGGGAUUUGA